CACGCACUCAGAAGGGUAGUGUGUGAGCCAGCCAGCCAGUCAGUCAGUGUGAGUGUGUAAGCCAUGUUGGAUGUGAGUGAACGGGAGGAGAGAUGCUGCUGCCGUGCCGCUCCUAACGCUCAGACCUCCAGCUCCACGGACCACAGCGGGUAGAUGCCAACUUCCCAGGCCGACGGAGAGACGGGGGAGCCUGGGGGAAGGUGUCGGGCGGUGCCGGCGGUCCUGGAACUGGCCACCUAGCCGGAACGAAGGAGGGAGAGAAGUAACGAGGAGAAGGGAAGGCGCACUCGAGAGAGAAAGAGAGAAUAGGCAGAGGUGGAAGAGGGAGAAAGGAGGGGAGAGACAGAGAAAGGAAGAGACUAAAUGGCUGCACCGCUACCGGGCUUCACCCCGCUCCUGCUCUCGUCUCUGGCACUCCACCUGCUUCUCCUCGGCCCUUUGUUCGCCCUCACCCCGGGGACGGUAAAUACAGGAGGGGCUUCCAACGGAUGGACCCCGGGCCUCUGCUACCGAGACGCCGGUAAAGUGAGCCAGCAGCAACAGCAGCAGUGCGAGGAGGCAUGGGAGUCGCCGAGGGGCAGCUGGAAUGUACGCCCAAGCAGGUGGACAGAAGAGCGUAUACAGACUGAGGGAUGCUCUGGAGUACAGCACGCGGGGGGUACCUUGGGAGGAUAUCACCAGGAUGAGGUGAAGGGAACACGGAAGGAGAGACUGGAAGCAGUCGGGACGUUUUGGAAGGAUGAAAACGGCUGGCUGGUACCAUCACCUCCUCCCCCUCAUUCUCUUCCUCCUCCUCCUCUCCACCAAGGUAUUCGGAGCAGGUCGAGCACUGAUGGCGUCGGCGCAGAAGAGGGAGUGGAGAGAGGGCGGAUGAGGAGGAAGGGCGUUGUUUCUCCUCCUGUUUCACCUGCUUUCACAUCCUCGCCGGUUCAAAACGGCAAAAAAUUGUCAGUACAAAGGACUAGAGCUUGUGCGCAACGGUGGCCGGCGUCGAGGCCACACCUCGCCAAACGUGGCGCCGCCAGAGCCUUUGUGCAUGCCUCUGGCCUGUGGUGGGCACCCGGAAGUGGAGAAAAGAGAGGGGGAGAGGUGUGGGAGAGGGCUUGUGAGGUGAGGAGGCUCUUUGCCACACGGUGCUCCCUGACACAUCUCUACCGGUCAAGCCCCGACAAACAAGCCCCCUUCCCGGCCAGUAACUCCUCACCUGGCUCUUUGCCAACCGGUUGCUCUUGUUGCAUUCAUUCUCCUUCUGGAUACAAUUCACCACAAAGUGAGGCCUCAAACUACAAUUUGAAAUCUCACCGGCCUUUCACCAAGAAUUCAGACUGUAUCCAGGGAUCAAAAUGGGACUACAUUUGUCAUUUUUCAAAUUGUAAUUCUUCCCAGACCGGCCACACAGGAACAAUUCAGAAGCAUUCAGUUUGCAGAAACAGCAACAACUGCCAGGCUCGGGGUGCUGAUGGGGGCUCAUCCAGCGUGGACAGGAGGGCUGGUAAUUGUUCUCAUUUGGGCAGGCACAAUGUUAUCGAUCCCAGCAGCAUCAGAGAGGGGGGUGAUGUUAGCUGUUUGACUGGCUGCAUUAGGAGCAGGCAGAGGAGUGGGGGAGAUGGCGAGGAAGGGGAGGAAGUGGACAGCUGUAGCGCACGGGCAAUGAUUAACCCCAGAACCACGGCGCACCUACACUGUUGUGGACCUCCUGUCCGUGAUGUGAAAGCCAGGUAUUAUUUUCACACCAUAAUUAUGGCUAAAGGGAGGGAGAAUGAUGAGAGGAGAGAGGGAAAUGAUGGAAAAGGAGGAGGGAUGAACCAACACAUUAAUUCUUCUAAUUAUCCAGAUAAUGAUUUGGCUUUCCUGAUUCUGACAUGUCAGUGUAGGGCUGGUAAUGAGCUUCGACAGGGGAAAUCAGCACCAGCAAACAGAGGGCAGAGCAGUCUAACCCGGGGAGAGAGCAGAGAGGUUCCCGGUGCUUGCUCUGGUUGUUUGAGCAGAGUAGAAGUGGGGGGUGGAUAUUUAGCCAAGUUUAUGGUUCCGGAGGGAGGCAUAACUCAGAGGAAUUCCCCCAUCCAAUUUACCCUCAACACCAUCACACAGAUGCCCGGCCAACGUUUUCUAUCCAGCAAAAGCGCAAUUGCAGAAACAACAUAUCCUGGCCCGACGCUCAAUGCGCCCCCUCAAACACAAGCAGGCGAUUAUGCUAAAAGUGGAAAACCAUCCAAACCUCUCCGUCUAACUGCCGGAAAAGUGAACGCAACUUCAGAGACAGAGUCUGCCGGUGACUCAGGCUUUUUCUCGCCCGCUGAGUUUCCCGUUACAUCUCUCUGUGUUGUGUCAGCCGCGUCUCGCUCUGCAUCAUUACUCAAGCCACGUCGUUGCACUCAGCCUGACCACACCGCAGCAAAACACCUCUCGUUUUUCUCGGAAAUUAACUUGACCACAUGGCGGGAUGACUCUGAGCGUUCGCCGCACUUACUCUCUGCGAAGGAAGUGGCUUCAGCACGAUGGACAGCUCCCCUAGACUCUCAGCGCGUGUUUGUGUGGCACUUAUUCAACACUAACAGUAAUAACAACAACGAAGAGGAGCGGAGCGAGGAGGUAAAAGGAUAUAGUCAUGAAUCUGAAACAGAAAAAUGGCAUGGACAGGUACAGCAGCAAGACCUGCGAGAGAUGGUCCAUGCGGGGUGCGCCGACAACAUUUUCACCGACUGUUCAGGCACCGAGCCAGAGGACAGUGCGCAUAUGCAAUUAAAAUCCGGUAAGCAAGUGCCAUUAGAGCCCGAAGGUGUCAGACAGUUAGAUACCCGGCAGAUGGGGGCCGAAGGAGAAAGGGAGAGGGAUGCAGAGAGGGAGGGAGAUGGCUUGGAGGGGUCCGCUGCUGUUGUUGCUGCCGCUGUUGGGGGAGGGAAAUUACAGGUGGGGGUGGGUGAGAGAGAGGCGCGGCUGAUGGGAGGGAGAGGACCAGGGGGAGAGGAGCAAGAGGAGGAGCAAUGGGAGAGGGGAAAGGGAAUAACAAAGGCGAGUCAGGCAGAGGAGAGAGAGGCAGAGGGAGGGAAGGGUCAGGACAGGGGCAAUAGCACCACCACCAUCACACAGCCAGAUAGCGAAAUCGGAAAGAAAGAGAGCCAGGCGGAUGAAAGCCAUGAGGCAGGAGAGGGGGAUAAGGAGCAGAGGCACAGUGCAAGGGGAGAGAGGAGUCUGGAACGACUGAUAAUAGUAGCCGAUGAUGAAACCUCGCAGACAGAAAGGGAGAGGAAGAUUUUGAUGCCCUGGUCUCGCUCUAGGCGGGCCGCCAACAGACAUCCCCAUUUCUCCCUGUAUAACUAUCAAGUACAAGUAGCUGAGAACCAACCACCCGGCACCUCAGUCAUUGUCAUGUCUGCCUCAGACCCAGACGCAGGAGAGGCAGGCAGGGUGAGUUACACAAUGGCCCCGCUGAUGAACAGUCGAUCAUCUGAUUACUUCCACAUCCACCCAGAUACAGGUCUCAUAACCACCACUCAGAUUCUAGACAGAGAACACAUGGAUCUGCAUUACUUCCGGGUCACAGCGACUGAUCAUGGCUCCUCCCGCCUCUCUGGCACCACAAUGGUGGCCAUUACUGUUUCGGACCGGAAUGAUCAUUCUCCUAUAUUUGAGCAGACAGAGUACAGGGAGACCAUAAGGGAGAAUGUAGAGGAGGGUUAUCCUAUCCUACAGCUGAGAGCGACAGACUUAGACUCCCCAUCCAAUGCCAAUAUCCGUUACCGCUUUGUCGGUGACACAGCUGCAAUAGCACGAGCAGCCUUUGAGAUUGACCCGCGCUCUGGCCUCAUUACAACCCGUGGAGUGGUAGACCGCGAAACAAACGAGCACUACACUCUCCAGGUGGAGGCUAGUGACCAGGGGAAGGAACCAGGACCGCGCUCCGCCACUGUUAAAGUUUUCAUUACUGUUCUGGACGAAAAUGACAACGUGCCACAGUUCAGUGAAAAGCGCUACGUGGUAGCAGUGAAGGAGGAUGUGCGGCCUCACUCUGAGAUCCUCCGUGUGAGUGCCACAGACCGGGACAAGGACAGUAAUGCUGCUGUUCACUAUAAUAUUAUCAGUGGUAACAGCCGAGGACAGUUUUCCAUUGACAGCGUCACCGGGGAGAUCCAGGUUGUGGCACCGCUAGACUAUGAGGCUGAACGGGAGUAUACGCUCCGUGUUCGUGCACAGGACAAUGGCCGGCCACCUCUUUCCAACAACACGGGUAUUGUCAGUGUGCAGGUGACAGAUGUUAAUGACAACCCACCGAUCUUUGUCUCCACACCAUUCCAGGCAUCUGUGCUCGAGAGCGCCCCAGUUGGCAGUUCCAUCCUCCACAUCCAGGCUAUCGAUACAGAUUCUGGUGAUAAUGCCCGCCUGGAGUACAGGUUAACUGGCACCAGCUCUGACACACCAUUCAUUAUCAAUUCUGCAACAGGCUGGGUCACCGUGAGCUCCAUUCUUGACCGAGAAUCUGUAGAGCACUACUUCUUCGGCGUGGAGGCCAGGGAUUAUGGCAUGCCACCUCUUUCUGCCACAGCGAGUGUUACAAUUACAGUGAUGGAUGUUAAUGACAACCGCCCCGAGUUCCUCCAAAAGGAGUACUAUGCUCGCCUGAAUGAGGACGCGGCGGUUGGUACCAGUGUAGUUACUGUCACUGCUGUGGACCGUGAUGUUAACAGUGCAGUGACCUACCAGAUAACAGGGGGAAACACCAGAAACCGCUUUGCCAUCAGCACAGCAGGAGGGGCUGGACUUCUCUCAUUAGCCCUGCCAUUGGACUACAAACAGGAGCGACGUUAUGUUCUAACUGUCACUGCCUCAGACCGUACACUGCACGACACCUGUCAGGUGCACAUCAACAUCACAGAUGCCAACACACAUCGGCCUGUAUUUCAGAGUGCCCACUACUCCGUUAGCGUGAAUGAGGACCGACCACCUGGAAGCACUGUAGUUGUGAUUAGUGCUACAGAUGAUGACGUUGGUGAAAACGCUCGAAUCACAUACUUCCUCGAGGACAAUAUUCCACAAUUCCGCAUUGACUCCGCCACAGGUGCUAUAACACUCCAGGCAGAGCUUGACUAUGAGGACCAGAUGACCUACACUUUGGCAAUAACAGCUAAAGACAACGGUAUACCACAGAAAUCGGACACUACGUAUGUUGAGGUGAAUGUGAAUGAUGUGAAUGACAAUGCACCUCAGUUCCUCAGCCCCAGAUAUCAGGGAACAGUGAGCGAAGACGCCCCUCCCUUCACCAGCGUCCUCCAGAUCUCAGCCACCGACCGCGAUGCACACGCCAAUGGUCGUGUCCAGUACACCUUUCAAAAUGGUGAGGAUGGGGAUGGGGACUUUACCAUUGAACCUACAUCUGGCAUCGUUCGAACUGUUCGCCGUUUGGACCGCGAGAGCGUGCCAUUCUAUGAGCUCACGGCCUAUGCUGUAGAUCGUGGCGUGCCCCCUCAGCGAACCCCUGUCCACAUCCAGGUGACAGUCCUGGAUGUGAAUGACAAUGCACCUGUCUUCCCUGCUGAUGACUUUGAGGUUCUAGUGAAGGAAAACAGUGCUGUGGGCUCUGUGGUAGCCCAGAUCACAGCCACUGACCCGGAUGAGGGUGCCAACGCUCAAAUCAUGUACCAAAUCGUGGAGGGCAACAUCCCUGAGAUCUUCCAGAUGGACAUCUUUUCAGGGGAGCUCACUUCACUUAUUGAUCUUGACUAUGAGACUCGCAACGAGUAUGUCAUUGUAGUUCAGGCAACCUCAGCACCACUAGUCAGUCGGGCUACUGUCCGGAUCCGACUGGUGGACCAGAACGACAACAGGCCCACUCUGCAGGACUUCCAAAUCAUUUUCAACAACUUUGUGUCCAAUCGCUCCAACAGUUUCCCCAGCGGGGUAAUUGGGAGAGUACCCGCCCAUGAUCCUGAUGUGUCAGACAGGCUGUACUAUACCAUCGACAGAGGGAACGAGCUUCACCUGCUGCUCCUGAAUCACACCAGUGGAGAGAUCCGGCUGAGCCGAAAACUGGAUAACAACAGGCCACUGGUGGCUCCCAUGCUGAUCACAGUCACAGAUGGUGUCCACAGCAUUUCAGCCCAGUGCGUUCUCCGCGUCCUCAUCAUCACUGAGGACAUGUUGGGCAGCAGUGUCACUGUCCGCCUCCAGAACAUGUCCCAGGAGCACUUCCUGUCACCGCUGCUGGGUAACUUCCUGGAGGGAGUGUCAGCGGUACUCUCAGUCCCUGUUGAGGAUGUUUUUAUCUUCAACAUCCAGCCAGACCUGGACGCGGCGCCGGGAGGGAUCCUGAAUGUCAGCUUCUCUGCUGCGUUGCCGGGUGGACUCUUCUUCCCCUCAGAGGCCCUGGAGGAACAGCUGUACCUGAACAGACCGAGGCUGACGUCACUGACGCAGAUGGAGGUUCUCCCGUUCGACGACAAUGUGUGUCUGCGUGAGCCGUGCCAGAACUACAUGAAGUGCAUCUCAGUGCUACGCUUCAAUAGCUCUGCCCCCUUCAUCUCCUCGCCCUCCAUCUUGUUCCGGCCAAUCCACCCCAUCGCAGGCCUACGCUGCCGCUGCCCAGUUGGCUUCACGGGGGAUUACUGUGAGACGGAGAUCAACCUGUGCUACUCCAACCCCUGCCUGAACGGAGGCGUGUGUGCCCGCAGAGAGGGAGGCUACACCUGUAUCUGCCGCGAAGACUACACCGGUGACCGAUGUGAGUUUGACCGGCGACAGGGCAGAUGUGUGCCUGGUGUGUGUCGUAAUGGAGGAACAUGUCGGGAGCUUUCAGGAGGGGGUUUCCGCUGCGAGUGUCCUGCAGGAGGCUAUGAGCGUCCAUAUUGCACAGUCACUGCCCGGUCCUUCCCACCAAAGUCCUUCGUCAUGUUCCGGGGCCUCAGGCAGAGAUUCCACCUGUCCAUCUCAUUAACUUUUGCCACCCUGGAGAGCAGUGGUCUUCUCUUCUAUAAUGGACGCUUCAAUGAGAAACAUGACUUCAUCGCCUUGGAGAUACAAGAAGGACAAGUGUUGCUCAAAUAUUCCACAGGUGAAUCGUCCACUCAGGUGAGUCCCUUCCUUCCUGGUGGUGUGAGCGAUGGCAACUGGCAUACUGUACACAUCCACUACUACAAUAAGCCAGCUACACGCUAUCCAAAGCGCAGUAUGAGCGGUGAGGCCCAAGGCCCGUCAGAUGAGAAGAUUGCUGUGGUGAGUGUCGACGACUGUGAUACAGCCUUGUCGCUUCGCUUCGGUACCCAGCUUGGAAAUUACAGCUGUGCUGCGCAGGGGAAACAGACCAGCAGCAAGAAGUCUCUGGACCUGACUGGUCCAUUGUUUCUGGGUGGAGUUCCCAACGUUCCUGACAACUUCCCUUUUGGCACCAGAGAGUUUAUUGGCUGCAUGAAGGAGCUCCAUAUUGACAACAAGCCUCUGGACUUGGCUGGAUUUAUUGCAAACAAUGGAACAUUGCCUGGCUGCAGUGCCAAGCUCCCGUUCUGUAAAUCCAAUCCAUGUCAGAAUGGAGGAACCUGCAGGGUGAGCUGGGAGACCUUCUCCUGUGACUGUCCCCUGGGGUACGGGGGGAAGGACUGCAGCCAUGUAAUGCCACACCCCCAUCGCUUCCUGGGUAACAGCGCUCUCUGGUGGGACCUGAAGAACGACGUAACCAUCUCUACACCGUGGUACCUUGGCCUGGUGUUCAGGACCAGAGCGCAAGAGGGGACGUUACUGCAGGCCCAGGCUGGCCAGUACACUAGUCUGCUGUUCCAGGUGAUAAAUGGUCAGCUGGUGUUCUCGGUGACCCGCGGUUCGACCAGAUCAGUACGUUUGCGGUUGGAUCAGGUUCAGGUGGCAGAUGGCCGGUGGCACGACCUCCAGCUGGAGCUGCGAGACGUUCGCAGUGGCCGUGAGACCCGCUACGUAGCCACGUUACGGCUUGAUUUUGGACUCUACCAGGGAACAGUGAUAGUGGGAAAUGAGAUUCAUGGUUUGAAGGUGAAACAUCUGCAUGUGGGAGGAGUGCUGGGCUCUGGAGAGGUUCAAAACGGGAUACGAGGAUGCAUACAGGGUGUUCGGUUGGGUGUACGACCUGAUGCCCCUUCCCUGCCCAGCCCAUCCAGAGCUGUCAAAGUAGAGACUGGCUGUAAUGUGGGCAACCCUUGCAUCUCGUCUCCUUGCCCCGCCCACAGCCGCUGUUCUGACCAAUGGGAGCGGCACAGCUGUAUCUGUGAACCUGGUUACUAUGGGAGAGGCUGCACUGACGCUUGCCAUCUGAAUCCAUGUGAAAACGAGGCUCAGUGCCACAGGAAGCCCAGCUCUUCCCAUGGUUACAUCUGUGACUGUGGAGACAACCACUAUGGGCAAUACUGCCAACACAGGAUCGACCACCAGUGUCCCAGGGGUUGGUGGGGAUCCCCAACCUGUGGACCAUGUCACUGUGACAUGGAUAAAGGCUUCGACCCCAACUGUAACAAGACGAGUGGGCAGUGUCACUGCAAGGAAUUUCACUAUCAUCCGCGGGACUCUGACACCUGCCUGCCAUGUGACUGCUACCCGGUGGGUUCCUUCUCACGGUCAUGUGAUCCAGAGACAGGCCAGUGCCAAUGCAGGCCCGGCGUGAUUGGACGUCAGUGCAACACAUGUGACAACCCCUUUGCUGAGGUCACAAAUUCAGGCUGUGAAGUGAUUUAUGAUGGUUGUCCAAAGACCAUCACUCAGGGGAUCUGGUGGCCUCGGACCAAGUUCAACCUGCCUGCUGCGGUCUCCUGCCCCAAAGGCUCCAUUGGUGCGGCCAUCAGACACUGUGAUGUAGAGAGGGGAUGGCUGGAGCCAGACCUUUACAACUGCACCUCACCUCCAUUUGUGGAGCUCAAUGCUGCCCUGGAAUCUCUGGAGCGUAAUGAGACUGAGCUGAACACCAUCAUGGAGAAGAAACUUGCCCACCAGCUCCGUGAUGUCACAGAGUCAACCGCUCGACUCUACGGCAAUGACUUGCAGAUCGCCGAACGACUUUUAUCCCGCUUGCUGACAUUCGAGACCCAGCAGAACGGCUUCGGACUCACCGCUACUCAGGAUGCACAUUUCAAUGAGAACAUUCUCCGGAGCUGCAGUGCACUCUUGGGCCCCAGUACCUCUGGGCUUUGGCGAGCUUUGGUUCAGAGUCAGAGCCACAUCCCGGGCGGCGGACCUGCAGAGCUGACGGACCUGCUGGAGCAGUAUGUCCAGAAUCUGGCCCAGAACAUGAAGCUUACCUACCUCAACCCUGUUGCACUGGUUGCUCCAAACUUAGUCAUGAACCUAGACCGUGUGGAGAACCGGACGCACGUGCGACGGCGUUUCCCACGUUACCACACCACCUUGUUUCGCGGUCAGGCUUUGUGGGAUCCCUACACUCAUGUGAUACUGCCCCCUGCUGCCCUGAUGCCACAACGACAGCAGCAACACAACUGGAAGGAGAGGGAGCGGGCGGAGAAAGAACCCUCGGCCCCUCAGAACACGUCUCCUGCCCCUGUCAGUAACUCAGCCAAUCAGACGGGGGAAUACACUGCAGCCAGACGCACUGUUUCGAUGCCUGAGCCGCCCAUUACCAUUGUCAUCUUGCUGAUCUAUCGCAGUCUGGGCGCUGCUCUCCCUCCUAAAUACCACACGGACCGGCGAGGAGUGAGGCUUCCUCGACACCCGGUAAUGAACUCCCCUGUUGUCAGCAUCUCUGUCUACAACAACCACACGUUUGUGGGUGGACACUUGGACCAGCCUAUCCUGCUUGAGUUCAAACUGCUGGAGACAGCCAAUCGCAGCAAACCCCUGUGUGUGCAGUGGAACCACAGCAGUCCCAAUGAGGCAGGAGGUUGUUGGACGGUCAGGGACUGUAUGGUGGUGUACAGGAACACCUCCCAUGUCCGCUGUCAGUGCCAGAGACUGGGCACCUUCGGCGUGCUGAUGGACAGUUCACAGAGAGAGCAGUUGGAGGGAGAUCUGGAGACGCUGGCGCUGGUCACAUACUCUUCUGUGUGCGUCUCCAUGCUAGCACUCCUCCUCACUGUCCUGGUGCUGUCCUGUCUAAGAGGCCUCAAGUCCAACACCAGGAGCAUCCAUUCGAACACAGCGGCGGCCAUGUUUUUGUCAGAGCUGGUGUUUCUGCUUGGCGUCAAUCAGACUGAACAACAGUUCCUGUGUACGGUCGUCGCCAUCCUCCUGCAUUACUUCUUCAUGUCCACGUUUGCCUGGAUGUUCGUGGACAGCCUUCAUAUCUACCGCAUGCAGACUGAGCAACGCAACAUCAACUAUGGUGCCAUGAGGUUCUACUACGCCAUUGGCUGGGGUGUUCCCGCCAUUAUCACGGGUCUUGCAGUGGGCUUGGACCCGGAGGGUUAUGGGAACCCAGACUUCUGCUGGAUCUCGAUCUAUGACAAACUCAUCUGGAGCUUUGCUGGUCCUAUAGCCAUCGUCAUACUGAUGAAUGGAGGGAUUUUUAUGAUUGUAGCAAAGAUUUCCUGCAAUCCCUCUCAGAAGGAGACUAAGAAGCUCCCUGUCAUUGCUACUAUUCGAAAUGCCUUCAUGCUGUUGAUGGUUGCCACCUCCACCUGGCUGUGUGGCCUAAUGGCUGUGAACAACAGCAUCCUGGCUUUCUACUACAUAUUCAAUGUCCUCUGCCUAGUGCAGGGGCUCUCAGUGAUGCUGGUCUUCACUGUGUUCAACUCAGAGGUUAAGGAGGCCUGGAGAGUCGCCUGUUUGGGUAAGAAGAGCCCUGGAGAAGACCCACCAAGACCACCACAGAAUACUGCUCAGAACCCCUAUCACAACGCAUCUCUGUUAGAGCAGAGCGGGCUGCACCGCAUCACCCUGGGAACCUCCACCAUCUCUUCUGUCAGCUCUGCCAGAGAAAAUCUUUUGGCUCGUCAGACUCUGGAACAAAACAUUGUCCACACAGGCGCAACGGACCUGGAUGUAGCCAUGUUUCACAGAGAUGGAGGUGAGGACUCAGACUCGGACUCAGACCUGUCCAUGGAUGAGGAGCGCAGUCUCUCCAUCCCUUCCUCUGAGAGCGAGGACAACGUCCGACUCCGUGGGCGCAUCCAGCGGAGAUUCAAACGCUCCAAUCACAGCGAACGUCUGCUGACCGAGCCCACUCACAAUGGCACCAAAGAUCUGGAUGGCAAUGACCUUCUGUCCUACUGGCCAGCUUUGGAGGAGUGUGAGACACACACCAUGCAGAAGUGGGGCUCAGAGCGCCCCCUCGGGGCAGAUUACAGCAAGGAUGCUGCCAACAACAACCAGCCUGAUGCUGCGCUGACCAGCGGGGACGAGAACGGCUUCACCCAGCCACACAGGCACCGCAAGGGUAUCCUGAAGAAUCGUCUCGGCUGUCCCCCAGCACUUCAGGGUCUUUCCAGCAUGGGCAGGGUCCCCAGUGAGCUCAACUGGUACCGAACAUCUACUUUGGGCCACCGGGGCGUUCCUGCGGCCUCCUAUGGUCGCAUGUACUCUGCCACAGCUGGAGCUGGUGGAGGAUCUGGAUCUCUCUCCCAACCAGCCUCCCGCUACUCCUCCAGGGAGCACCUGGACUCGCUGGCCCGCAGGCAGCUGUCCAGGGAUCCACUAGGGAGACAAACGAUUGGGGGAUCAAGGGAUCGGCUAGACUCACGCGGUUCUAGGGACAAUCUGGAUCUCUUACCCAGGCGGAGAGAAUUGGGGCUGGGGCAGGGAGCAGGGCUAGGGGGCUUGGGGCUUGAUCACCAGCGAGUCUCAUCAUCCAGGGAGAACUUGUCAGGAUCCAGGGACAGACUGGACAACCACCACACAGGCAGUGUCCACGCUUCAAGAGAGGACUUGAGCGGAAAUGGAGUAGCAGGAAUGGAGGGGUACCUCAGCGGAUCGAGGUCGCAGCUGAACACGCUAACUCGGCGGCAGGCCUCAUCCCGGGAGCACCUGGGGGGGGCGCUGAUGAGCAGCAGAUCGAGAGAGCAGCUGGAGACCAAUGGAGUCGGAGCCCAGGCUCAGCCGUGUCGGGAGUGGCUCCGCACGCUGCCUCCCCGUCAGCCCUCACACCCUGACCAGGCUCCCUCCUCCUCCCCUCCUCCCCCAAUCUCUGAGGAGCCCCAGCAAGAGCAGCUUCCUGCUUCAGCUCACGUCAGAGGACGACUGGACUCCGCUCCUCCAUGUAGGUACCCUGCUCAGACUGUCCCCCAGGUCGCAGGUUCAAAUCCAAACCCUCUGGGUCGACAGCCAUCCAGUGAACAUCUGGAUAUUCUGUCCUCCAUCCUGGCAUCCUUCAACUCCUCCGUCCUCACCCCUCCCUCUGCUGCCUGUAACCCUGGUCCUAAUGGCUCCGCCCACAAGCCCUCCCCCUCCCCGCCUCAGUCUGCCACCUCCCACAGCAUAUCUGAAGUGUCUCCUGACUCCGAAGCCAACAGGAGUGAAGGACAGUCUUGAUGACAGCCUCCAUAUCCCUUUAUGCAUUACGACAGUGCUUGGAACAUCAAGGACGAGUUCAAACGUCAUGAAUGGUCCUGAACCACUGGGACACCUCGGGACAUUGGAGUACUAGAAACAACCUUGACAGAGGAGAGUCAGAGUUGGAAGAAAGUGACACAGACAGAGCACCGCUGCGGAUAAAAGAAGGUGUUUGUGGGUGGUGUUUACUGUAUAAAUUAAGUUUUUCCCACUGCCUACAAUGAACUGUGACGUUUAGUGACGUUUCUUUGGACAAUGAGUCAACCACCUCUACUACCUAAAAACUGUUAAAGGCAAACACAAACUCCUCAGAUUUCAAACGCUAAAGUCAAGACAGGAUCGAGACAAGAUCUGUCUAAAAGGAAAAAAAAAAGACUGUAAAUAACAUUUUUAUACAUUUUGUAUCUUUUUCAUUAGAGAUGAAGAAGAAAUCGCUUGUGUUGUUUUCUUUUUCUUUUUUUUUCUUUUUUUUUUAAAUGAUUGUGUCCGUGUGAGUUUGCCGUGAGUGAGGUUGGUGCGAGUGCUGUCUUGUUUGUUGCUGAGGGAGACAUUUCCCCUACAAAGAAAAAACGAUUCCCGAAACUUUUCCUGAAAACAGUUUUCCUCUGAAACUUUUCCUCACACCCAUCAACUUUGUGUAUAGCGACAGGGGUCCGGCAAUAGUAUGUGAUGAGAUUAUCCAGACCGCAACAUGUGGUUGAAGGGAAAAUAUCAAAGUAGAGAGAGAAAGUGAUUGUAAAUAGAGGAAGGGAUUAUUAUAAGAGUAGAUUUGAUGGAACAAAAUGAUUGUGCAGAGAAAGAUGGCCAACGUUAAGCUAAAAUACCACAUGGAGCUUCAGAGUUGGGCUAUUAAAGAUCAGUCACGAGUGUCGAGGCAUCAGCUCGUUCUGGAGAUUGUGCUGUUUUGUGAUCCACUGUGUAUGAAUGUGACCUUGUCGUCUGUCUGUGUUAUCUCUGUGCCUGGUGCUGUCUGAACCAGACCAUAUCGAUUGGUAUUACAGGACCAUAUCAUUAGUGUUCCGGAAACCCGGUGAGUGAAAUUGGAUAUCUGUGUGCCUCUCUGUGUGAGGCUGUAUCGCGGAACAACCGUUUAAAGCCCCUCAAGGAAACUUGCACUUUGAUGCAUCACGACUCAACCUGUUUCAAGAGACGCCGCAGGAGCAGCCAGAUCUCUCCGGCAGUAUCCAGGGGACUCAUUUAUAAAGGCCUCUCAUGCAGAAGUUCUGUGCAAAUCCAAGCCAAAGGGACAGCUGCUUCAAAUCAGUACAAUACAUUGCUGUUCUCCACUUUUCUGUGAAGAAAACGAUGCUAUACAUGUGACUGACAGUUUUGUUCCAAUUGUGUAUUUUUUUUUUUUUUAAACAACUGAACCAUAGUAACAAGUCUAAAGUGAAAAUUUGUUUUUAUUAAGGGAUCCCUAGAUCUCCACUACAACAUAACAAUGUGGUUGGUAUUUUAUUUGGCUGCACACUGUAUAAGCAAGUGGAUUUUGAUUUGCCGUGUAGGUGGAGAGCGGAUCAGAGGAAGGCAUUAUGAGUCACGUCUCAGUGUUCUCAGAUAUUUGUUUGGAGACCUUAAAGCUGAUCUUCAGUACAUAUCCAGCAUGAUGUCGGCCUGAAUAUAUCGGCUCAUGAAUCCUAUGGUAGAUGUUUUUACUUAUUUGGCUGGACACAGUUGCUGGGAAGUAAUUUCAGAAUAUCCUUUAUGAGAAAUUUCACAAAAAAGAGGCACUUGCUCAAGUCUUGAUACAGAUUUGUUCUCAUUGUUUAGGCCCCUGUACGAAGAUGAGAAGAUGCAGCAUAACUUCUGUAUCAGUUUGCUGAGGAGAGAUGUCACUUGUGUCAUUGCUAAAAGCCUCUAAGUGGUUUUGAGAUGCAGGUCUUUCCAUUAGCAGCUGCUCCUUUCUCACAGCUGCUGGAGCGAGUGCUGCGUUCAGGCCUUAAGGUAACAACACGCAGGUAUGUGUACGCAAUGGAGACGAGCAGGCCGUCUGCAUCAGCCUUCAGAGGGAUUAAGUGGUUGUGGCUACUUUUUUUUUUUUUUUCUUGCAAUGAAAAAAGUGCAGUGGGUCGUGAAAACCGAAGGCAAAAUGGGGUUCCUGCAUGUCCUCGAGCAGAGAGCAUCAUGGUGGUCCAAAAAUACAAAAUAACACUAGAAUAGCAAGAGAGGAAGUGGAUAACAAAACAAGAAGGUUAAAAUAGAGUACAAGAAUAAAUCAUGAGGCGCAAAACCAAGGUUGGAAGGAGAACAGACUGGGUCAGAAGCCACGACUGUGCAGAAUGUAACUGCAGGGUGGAGGGCAUGGAUGUUACCCUUUGCACAGAUGAAGAGAGAACCACAGAGAAACAGAUGAAAGCACAGAUAUGCUGAUCUGUCAUGGCCACCCCUCUGGGAUGUGACCAGUGACCCUGUUUGUGACAGUAGUGUUGCCAAAAAAAAUACUCCUGCAGGGGAACACUGCCCACUUUGAUUCCUUUUUUUACUCUUUUUAUCCAUUCGCACCAGUUAUUUCUUUUUUUUUCUUCACCAGUUUUCUGUUUUUAUCAAUUGACAGUACCUUUAACUUGUACAGACAUGAGAUUUAUUUUAUUUAUUCAUAAUUGAUUGACAUUCUAUUGAUUAUUUAUGUUGCCAUUUUGUAUGAGCGGUGGUUGUUUUUUUUGUCCAGAUGUCCCCUUUUUUUCCCCUCGUGAUGUUUCUUAUGAUCUCUCACUGCAACAAAUUCAGAGAUAAGAAAAAGACGAGGAUGUGGAAAAAGUCUCUUCACACCCAGGAUUACAACGUGACGCUCAGCUUUCCGGCAUUUUAUUUGAAUUCAUUAUCCAAUCAUGGAUGGAAAAUGUGGGUAAAAUCACAAAGCUAACUGAAAAUUCAUCCUCUCCUGACAUCUAAAUGUACCCAAACUAAAAGUUGGAUGCUGAGUGUAAAAUAGUGCAGACUUUUUUCUCUCCCUUUUCACUUUUAUAACCAAUGCUUCACAAGCACAAAAUCGGAUCACAAACUGGUUAUGUUUCUACUUUUACAGAGGAAAACACCAGCUUCAGGUUAAUCUGCUCUGGACCAACACAAGCCUCACAAGCGAGAGGAGACAAAAAGAUGCCAGUUGAGACUAAAAACGUAAUGUGCUCUGAAAAAGAAA